GCAUGUAUCUUUUCAGACCAAGGCCUACCACUUACACAUCUUAGACUCAGACCAGUCUUGCCUGGGAUUGGCAAAGUUAAGAAGCUUCUGAGCUGCUUCUUACAGUGACUGCAACCUAGAUGCCCUAGGCAUUUUCUGGAUUUGGGCCUAGCAUUUGAGGAGGCACAGCUUCUUUAAGCUUUCAGCACUGGCUGCCAAUACAUACAGGAGCUGGAGGAGACCUUUCUAGAAGAAACACCUGUAGAGCCAUUAAUGAUCAGCCAAAAGUUCUGCAAGAUACUGAAGUUUUAACCAUCAAAGACUGACAACCAGAGAAAAAAGGUGAUGCCAUGGCAGCUAUUCCAACACCUCCACCACCCACAGAACUGCAGACCAGCUCUUUUAUGAAGAAGAUGAAUACUCCAACUUUGCAAGAGAACGUCAAUGUGGCUGUCAUAGGAGCUGUUAUCGCAGUGGUUUUCGUCACUCUCCUUUCGGUUGUCGUGCUGAUCAUCAUUUACCUGUACAAGAACAAAGGCAGCUACCACACCUAUGAACAACCUGAAGCAGAUCCAGAAGGCUCAGUCCAGAUGGAGGACCUCCCUUGUAAAGGUGAAAAGGAAGAAUAUUUCAUAUAGAGAACAAGAUACCAGGCCGCCAGUACAUUUUGGACACUUGAGAUGUAGAGAAAAGAGCUCAUUAUGUUUGGUGCCUUCUUAAUCAAGAAAAGAAAACUGUAUUAUUUAUUUCACUUUAUCCUUUAAUCCUUUGGGCAGGGUGCAGUAUAAAUUGUAACCCUGAGUUUGCUACACAAGACAUUUAGGUUGCCCCUUCUGGACUAUGGAGAUGUGUCAUCUGUGGUGUUUGAAAUACUGGCUACAGUGCAGAGCUCAUCUGUUACUGUCACACACACACACACACACACACACACACACAGAGAGAGAGAUUGUAUUUAAUAAUAAUUAGUUGAGUUGAACAAGUUGUGUUCUGGUGCCUAUCUUUACUUUUCCCUGUUUUCUACUGGAGUAGAAACUAAUCUCACACUGAUGCCAUUACAGUAUGACAUCUUUGAUACAAGUAAGGAAGUGUAAGUACAAGUCAGGCAAGUGAGGCUCAAAGAAAUGUUGAGAUAUGUACGCGACAAUGCCACGUGUGUGAUGAGUAUAAUGGCUGAAGAACAAUCCCUGCUUUCCAAAUAUAACCCCUAAAGACCCAGAAAGAACAACUGCCUCUAUUUUUACCUAUACUGUAUUUUUCAGUACCAUCUUAUCAGCGAUUCUGACAUUCAUCAAGAGCCAUCACACAGCAACAAACUCACAGUUGCUACGCAUAUACAUUCAAACGGGAGCGGCUGCCAAUCCUAGCUCUCCAACAAGCACACCUACAUACAAAUACUGUAGUUUCAAGCACCCAGUGGUCACAUGUCAUGUGUGCGUGCACAUGUGCACACAUCUAGAGCGACAAAGUAUGAAUAGACCCCACCAAUAUAACCUUGCCUUUGCUGGAUUACUUUGGUUCCAGUCCCUCCUCUGAAAGGAGACUGCCUUCUGCAACCCACACACCAGGGUUCCUGUGACACGUGGAUGGAUUCUGCUUCACUCCAUCUGUCUCCUAGCAGUAGGCAGUAUCUCAAGGAUACAGCUCUUCUGCAAGUAUCAAGAGCAGCCCCAUGUCAAGUUCUCCUUCCCUCGGUUAACAUGUAGUAACAUCACAGGCUGGUGCACAUUUUCUCCACUCUUGCUCCACACCAUUGGCUACCUGGGAAAUGUGUAAAUUGUGAAUCGGCUUGUUACUUUCAGUGUUUUAUCAUUUUGAAGUUGUAUCUUUUAACAAACUUUAACAUUGUAAUUGUUUUACCUUAAAUUCUGUAAUUCACCUUGAGCAUUUUAUAUGGGAAAAGCCUGAUAAAUAGAAUAAAAUAAAUGUGAUGCUGUUGGUACAA